AUGAUCAUAGGAGCGGAUGGAUGGGGGAGCCGAGUGAGGGAAGCCAUGGGAGUCAAACACGUGGGCUGGGAUUACGACCAGACUGCCAUCGUGGCCACGCUUCGGCUCUCAGAGGCUACAGCAAACAACGUGGCGUGGCAGAGGUUCCUUCCCACUGGGCCCUUGGCACUGCUACCGUUGAAUUCUCAACAGAGUUCUUUGGUAUGGAGUACAACCAAGAAGGAAGCAUCACGUUUGAUGAGCCUAACAGAAGAGGAAUUUACGGAUGCUUUAAAUCAUGCCAUUUGGGACGACAAGCAUCGGAUUCGGGGCAUCGAUGAUGUGUUAGAUCGAUGGCGAUCCCUCCUGGGGCGAGUCUUAGAUCUGGGCAUGUCAGUCCGUCAGCUUCCACCCAGCAUCAUGGCGAUUGAAGGCGGAAGUCGAGCCUGUUUUCCCCUGGGACUGGGCCAUGCCACAGAAUACGUCCGUCUGAGAGCAGCUCUCAUCGGGGAUGCAGCUCACCGUAUUCAUCCCAUGGCGGGUCAGGGGGUGAACAUGGGUUUUGCGGAUGCCGUGGCCCUCACCAAAUGCCUCUCUCGAGCCGUCUAUGAAGGACGGGAUGUCGGGAAUCUAUCACAUUUGCUAGAAUAUGAGACAGAGCGUCAAAGACAAGUAGUACCAACCUUGGCAACUGUCGAUGGCCUCUAUCGCCUUUAUUCCACGCAAUUCUCCCCUAUUGUGUUGCUAAGAUCCCUUGGUCUCUCCUUCACCAAUGCUUUUUCACCAGCCAAGAGAGUAAUAAUGGCCAGGACAUCGGUAUGAUUUGAUAUGGCAUAUAAUGGGGCCAUGAAGAUGGAAAUCAACAUUAAAUCUUUUCAGGUAUGACUGUGCCAGCGUUUGCCAUUGUCCUUGAAUAUACCUUGCCCUUGAAUAAUCCAUCCCAUGUACCAUGAAUUUUAAGCAGUGAUGGAUGAUUGUCAAGUAGUGAGGAAAACUUAAUUAAACAGCAUAUUUUCUUUCGUAAAAGGAGUUCUGUAGUUGUAGUUAAAUUACUGCAUGUUAGCAUUGUUAAAAGUGAAAAAGUCAAGCUGUAACUUGUAGCAUUUGAAACAUUUUCGUACCUCUUUACCUGUUGAAGUACCAGCUCAAGUAUUUCCUAUCUCGCUUCCUUCAAUUUGCAAAAUCAAGUGGAAACAUGACCAGAGAUUUCGAGGGCUAAUCGUUUCCUGUAUGCUGUGAUACUUGGAAAAUGAAGUGCUUUUUUGCUCCUGAUA